GCGGGGCGCAGGCCCAGUGGGCUCCGGGCCCGAGCUCAUGGAGCGGGGUGCUUCGGCCGGCCUGAGGCGGCGGCCUGCGGAGGAGGAGCGGAGCGGCCCCGGGGACGCGAAACGGACAUGUAGGAGCAUCGAAGCUGGUCCUGGGGAAGAUGCUGACCGGAGGCCAGAUGAACUGACCCAGGCAUGCUGGAUUACAGACUGCAUCUUGGAGUCCAAGGGAUUCAUUGCACAAGAGAGCCUGCCUGGGAAUCUCCAAGGCAGACAGAGCUCAGUGAUUUCUCCCCACAAUGGAAGGCGUCCCACCCAGCCUUGCUCACGAUGCCUCGCUGGCGAGUCCGGGCAUUUUAACCAUACCAUGAAUUGUUAGAAGAUGCAAGCUGGCAAAGAAGGCCACAUCCACUCUUGGUCUUGAAUCGUCCACAUGAUGAUGAAUGUAAAUAUCUUACAGAUGGAUUUAAGGGCCCACCUGUUCAAAGAACAGCCUGGAUGUUAUUUGCUGGGAAACUGUUUGUUCUCUCAUUCAGAUGGUCCCACAGUUCUCUGUUCUGGGGCCCAGAAGAUCAGCGCCACUUCAAAAUAACCUCCACAUUGUUAUUCCUCACUGUUAAAGUAUGGCUUUUUGUAGAACAUGUGGAGUCACUAAAUCACGAUCAAUUUCUUUUUUUUUUUUAAGAAAAGAUUGUCAGGAUGACAACAACUCCUCCACAAGGAGGAAUUUCUUAGGAAUAUGAUGGCUUAUAGUCCAUACCCUGGAGUAAGCCUGCUUAGCUCCUGUUAGAUUAUUUUGUCAAGAGCACUGACUUGUGUAUAUUCAAGACCACUUGUGUCCAUUUUUAAUAAUAGACAAUGUUAUUUUCAUAUUAUAAAUGGAAAUUCUAUUCUGGGUAUAAAACUGAAUUUUACCAAAUGGAAGGAAUC